CAAAAUAAUUUUUUAUGAAAAAUAAUGUUAUGUAAUUUGAUCAAACUCAAAAAAGUAAUAUGUAUCUUGACAUUCAACUUGUUGUUUACGCGCACAAAGAUUUGGAAUAUACACUCUAUGGAACCACGUGGAAUUGUGUCUCUGACAAGUAACGGCCACAACUGAGUGAAACACACAGAAAAGUUUCUCGAGGAAACAUUUCUCUGUAAGAAAAGUGCACGUCUCAAAUUACUGCUGUUGUGAAAUCGAUCUCUUAUUUACGAGCUUCUUUGGAAAUAGGCAAAUUGUUAAAAUGAACGUACGCAGGUGUUUGGCGCCGUCCCAUGUUAAUUUUACGGUGAGUAGUUGUGCGAUAGAGAAAAGUCAGAAAAUGCUCGAUUGAUCCAUAGAAAGGAGGGGAUAAACAGCGCUUCCUUUUUUUCUUCGCGGUCAAACGCAACUCGGUAGCCGUGCAGAAAUGAUCUGCGUGAAGCCGUUGCAACUCAGUCUCAAUCGGAUUCUCUUGUUAACAAUUGGCUUAUGGCCCUUCGAGAGAUCAAAAUUCACCCGACUGCCAAUGAUUGUAUCCUACAGUGUCUUGAUAACGUCCAUUGUAUUUCCGUUCGCAAAAUUUGCGACGCCGAAAUGCACUUCGCAAUGUAUCAUCGAGGUGUGCUCAGUCGCAUUUUUCUUCAUUUCCUUUCCGAUAAAGUAUUACGCGUUCUGGUCUAAUAUGGGCACUGUGAAGCUUGCACUGAAGAUAAUUCAAAGCACUUACGACGAGCUAACAGACGACAGCGAAAUCGCUAUCAUAAAAAAGUACGGGACUAUGGCGAAACGUUACACCUAUGUGCUCACGCUGCUCGUCACAAACAGCAUGUUUGUUUUUAUACUUCUGCCGUUCUGGCCGCGAAUUCUCGACGUCGUAUGGCCCGCGAACGAAUCUCGUCCGCACCUCCCGUUGCAAAUCACGAUGGAAUACUUUCUCGAUCAAGAAAGGUACUUCUACUUGUUCGUGCUACACGCCAACGUAAUCUUCUGCGUAGGAGAGACUACGUUAUUAGCGACAGGAACAAUUAUCAUAGCGUAUGUGCAAUAUACUUGCGGGAUGUUUCGGGUUGCCAGUUAUCGCAUGGAGCAGGUCAUGAUCGGUACUUUGAAAAGAAGCGACACGGAAUAUAAGAGUUUGAUAUAUAAAAGACUAGUUUAUGCCAUAGAUAUGCAUCGCAAGGCCACAAAGUUUUUAAAGCUCAUUUUAUCCAAAUUCGAGAUAUUCUUCUUUAUCUUGCUGAUAACCAUAAUAAUUACAUUAAGCCUCAAUCUUUAUCGCGUUUUUUAUGAACUGUCAACUGGAUAUAACAUCGAGAAGUUGCUAAUAUCCUUCAUAUUUCUAUCUUCACACUAUGUAUACAUGUUUAUUUCUAAUCUAAACGCGCAACAGAUAAUAGAUCAUAAUGAACACGUAUUUGCUACUGUAUACAACAUUCAGUGGUACACAGCUCCAUUACAUAUACAGAAAAUGAUAUUGUUCCUGCUGCAAAGGGGUACCAAAGCGUUUUACAUAACCAUCGCAGGACUAUUUGCAGGAUCUCUGGAAGGAUUCACGAUGUUAACGAGCAUGUCGAUAUCUUACUUCACCUUUGUGUAUUCCACGAGCCGAUGACGUAUAAACAAAUAAAAGUCGAUAUACGAUUCAAUUGUAUAGUUAAAUCUGAAAACAAAGUUCGUAAGAAAUAUUUUAUGUGUGUGAAUGAAACUACAGUGUAAUUGUUGCAAGAUUAAACGAAACGUAACGUUGACGCAACAAAGAUAUGUUUAAUUCUUGGUAGAUUUAUUUAUUUAUUUACUUUUGAUACGAUAUAUAUCGUACGCACUUCGAUGCACUAUAUUAUGUGUUUAAUCAAUGAUAAUCUGAAGAAAGAGACCUAAUGCUGCUUGCGCAAA